AAAUCGCUCGGCAUCACUAUUUUUGUGCUAAGCUUUUCGCAUUCAAAGCAGGCUGUGCAGUUUUUUAUUAAAUGUAGUUUUAAGAAGAGUUCUUGUAUUGUACCUAACCUGUUUACUCAAUAGCACAAGAAUUCACUGUGUACGGGAACGGAAUGACUAAAACAUUCUGGUCGUAACAUACUAAAUGUAGUUUAACAAUUCCAAGUACGACGAUGAUAAAUCGGAAAACUAUAUACGAGCCUUCUGUAUUGUGAGUGUAGUAGCGCUGCAAGUGGCCUCCAAUGCAGUUUCAACAUGGUACAGAAACCAGCGACAGAAUUGAUCGUGUGCGCGAUUUUGUACAUCUGCUUCUUGAUAUAUUCCUUCUACAAAAACUACGAGCUGAGCAAUGAAAACUUGUCCAACUAUCACAGUCUCGAUGCCGGCUGGUCCCUGUUUAACUUCCGACGACGGGAUGAUUUCGAUUGGGAAUGGGAACACUAUCUUGGAUUCGUCCAGCGAAAUGGAAUAUACUUCCUGCUGCACACAGUCGUGAUGGAGCUUACGCGUCGAUUCUGUGCCAAGCAGGUGUCCACCGUGCUGACGAUCUACGGACUGGUUGUAAUCUAUAGCAUGUACAACUUGCCAGUGCUGGCGGUGAUACUAGCGCAAAGCUUAUCCUUCUAUUACGCGAACCCGCCCAACUACUAUCGUCGUGCAGUUUGGAUGAAAACGUUCCUAUGGAUAGCGGUAAUUAACUACUUCAAGGUGUGGUAUUUUUACGACAAGCUAAACGUGCACUUCGACAUCGAUAAUGACCAGCUGCUCGAGCUGAGUCUGAUCACAUCAUGGAAUGUUAUCAAGUGUGCCAGCUUCUGUCUGGACAAGGGCGCUGAAGGUCCGUCGGCCAAACACUACGCCGUGCGUGACCUGCUGGCUUACUUGCUGUACUUUCCGCUGCUACUUAUGGGACCCGCCAUCGUGUACAGUCGGUUCAAAACACUGCACAAUCAUUUUAAGGACGAGCUCGAACCGCACACCCUCCCCGAUCGGCUGUGGACACUGGCGAAGCGGUUGGCGAUGGCCUGGUUCUGGACGCUGGUCAUGCUGGCAGGACAACACUUCCUGUACGUGAAUCUCAUCCAGCAGGAUCUGGUGCUGUUGCGCCACGUUAACCUUUGGGCACUGUACGGCCUUGGCUUCCUGAUGGGUCAGUUUUUCUACAUAAAGUACGUGGUGUUCUACGGCAUUGGGAUCGCGUUCGGUCGGUUCGAUGGAAUAGACAUGCCGGCGAAACCGAUCUGCAUCGCCCGGGUAAACCAAUACUCGGACAUGUGGAAAUACUUCGACCGCAGUUUGUACGAGUUCCUGUUCAAGUACAUCUACACCGAGCUGUGCACGAAGACGUCCGGGCUUCCGCGCAAAGUUCUGGCCAGCCUGGCCACGUUUGCGUUCAUCUACAUCUGGCACGGUGUGUUUCUGUUCAUUCUCAUCUGGUCGCUGAUCAAUUGGGUGUGCAUUUUGCUGGAGCGACUAGUUAAUCACUGCACACCCGCCGACAGCCGGUGGCGAGCGAUCAUCGGCACACACGUGUUCAUCCCCUCGGUGCUUUCGAAUUUCUUCUUCUUUGCCUCCGAAAGGGUCGGCUUCAUCUACCUCGAGCGAACAUACACGGAGGGGCUAAGCAACUACAUCGGCCUGUACGUGGCCUCCUACUGUUUCUACCAAACCGGGCAGCUGGUAAAGAUUGAGCAGACGAAUCGUGCUAACGAAGCGAAGCGAGUGAAUUGAAAAUAUAACGAAGCCGUUUAUUGGUGUGCCUA